AUGUCACAAGCGCAAAGCUCGCCGAAUCUCGAAUCGCUGUCUAUCGACGAGCCCCAGACUAAUGCAGUCCAAUGGGCACUCGGCGGAACAGUUGACGGGGAUGAGCAGGUGAGCAGCACAACCUGGGAAAGAAAAGCAUCUUGACGAUUCACUAACUGUCUACCCUAAUAGAUAUUGAUCGAUGCUGAGCGAUCCGCGCGUUCUAUAUCCAAGAGGAAGGCGAUCGAAUUGGUCUCAAGUCUCGCGGGUGCUUUUGAGGAAGGCAGCGUGGUUUGUGUCCACGCUGCUAAUGAUGUGAGAUUCUUACCCACGGGUUAAACUUACUGGAUGACCUCUCUGACGGCGCUUCAGGUCUUGUAUCCGAUACUGGUCCUUGCCAUCCUCGCUUCGGGCUGCAUAUACACCGGGUCGAAUCCCGUCUACACGCAGAGGGAGCUGAAGCAUCACCUUGAUGUCUCUGAGGCGAGAUAUGUGGUGACUACGACGGACUUGCUGAAACAUGUCGCGCCAGUUGUCGGUGAGCUUGGGGGAAAGGCUGAAGUGAGCAUCUUUUCGGACCUUUUCAAGGAUUCAGCGCCAGCGAACGAGACGUACAGGACAUUGCACGACUUGAAGAAGCCGGCCAAUGUCUCAGAUCUAUCCAAUCGCCUAGCGGAACUCUCACUAGAUGCGACUGCUACCCUCAUGGCCACGUCGGGAUCGACUGGCCUACCAAAACUCGCUGCCCGAUCUCACUCUGCCCUCCUUGCGGAAGCCAAAGCCAUCGCAUCCAGAACGUCCAACACCUCCUACUCCGUCCGAAAGCUGAUAUGUCUCCCUAUAUACCAUGCGUUCGCUUUCCCGGAAACGGUAUUCACUACGCUUCGUCUGGGUCAGCCAACCUAUAUUCUGAAAAGAUUUGGGGAUGCUUUCUCCUAUCGCAUUCGAGAUCACCAGAUCACGGACGUCCUGACCUUGCCGUCCAUGCUAUUGGAACUUGCGGAAUCUGCAGAGCAGGAUAUUGAUAUCAAGGCGGAUCUGCAGACCUUGCGGACAGUUUAUUGCGGUGGUGCUCCCUUGGUAGAGGAAUUGAAGGAAAGAUUUCUAGGGCUCUUUUACGAGACGCCGAGGCUGGUGAAUGUUUAUGGUAUGACAGAGUGCGGAUGGAUUGCGAUGUCUGACGGCGAGCAAUCGGAGAAUCGGAGAUGUGUUGGAUCGGCACUGGAAGGUCUGGAGAUUCGUCUGAAUGAGCGUGCGGCGCUGACGCUUGACGGCGGACGCGAAGUUGGAGAGCUGAGCGUCAUGGGAAACCAAAUCAUGACUGCCUACAAGAACGGUUCCGCUGCUAUCAAGGUCGCUAUCACGCAGUGUGACUGGCUGAGAACGGGUGAUAUCGGCUACCUCGAAGACGACAAAGUCUACCUUGUCGACCGAGCCAAAACCAUCAUCAAGAUCGAUGGCUUCGCGGUCUCUCCGACAGAAUUCGAAUAUACUAUACGAGAGCUAUCGCCGGUUCAAGAUGUUGCCGUCAUCUCGUCAGGACCGGACAGCGUUGAUGAGCAUCCGAUCAUCUUCAUCGCUCGCAAAGAGGGAGAAGGCGAACUAACCAAUUCUCAAGUUAGACAGCAUCUGACGGGUCGACUAUCGAGAUACAAAGUCGCCAAGUGCCGGAUUAGAUUCGUGGAGAAGAUAUCACGAGGCAAGGAUGGAGAGGCUCUCAGAGAAGAGCUGAGAAAGACGUUGAUGUAA